AUGACUGCCAUCACCUAUUGUAUUGUAAUUUAAAAUAAUGCAUCAUUUAUUGGAUUAAUUUUGACAUAUGUUGCUAAUUUAGAUUAAUUAAUUUAAUAAACUAUCGAUACAUUAAGCACAUUAGAAAAUAAUAUGAUAUCAUUUGAAAGAUGUUUAGAAUUUACUAAAAUUCCUUAAGAAAUUAACACUCCAACUUUAAAAGUGGAACCAGAUUGGCCAAAAUAAGGACUUAUAUCAUUUAAUAAUUUAUCUGUCAAAUAUAGACCAGAUUUACCUUUAGCUCUUAAGAACUUUUCAUAUAAAAUUAAUAACAAUGAGAAAAUUGGGAUUGUUGGAAGAACUGGAGCAGGUAAAUCUACUUUGGCUCUCAGUUUAUUAAGGCUUUUAGAAGCAUAAGAGGGUUAAAUAUUAAUUGAUAAUAUUGAUAUCUCCUAGAUUUCCUUAUAAAUACUUAGAAAUUCAAUCACUUCUAUUUAAUAAGAUUCUGUUAUAUUUAAUGGAUCCAUCAGAUAAAAUUUAGAUCCAUUUCAAUAACAUGAUGAUGAUUCAAUUAGAUAAGUACUUAAUGAUUGUUGUCUCACUAAUUUAAUUAACCAAAGAAAUGGUUUGAAUACUAGAAUCAAUGAAAGUGGUGAUAAUUUAAGUGCUGGUGAAAAACAACUAAUGUGUAUUGCUAGAGCUAUAUUAAAGAGAGCAAAAUUAGUUUUAAUCGAUGAAGCUACAGCAAAUAUAGAUUUUGAAACUGAGUAAAAAAUAUAAAAAGUGAUCUCAGAUUAAUUCUCAAAUUGUACUGUUUUAAUUAUUGCUCAUCGUAUAAACACUAUUAUGUUAUGUGAUAAGUAAUUAUAGAAUAAUAAAUCUUUAGAAUUUUAGUAAUCGACAACGGAAUUCUAGUUGAAGAGGGGUCAACCUAAGAUUUGGUUAAUAAUCCAUCAUCCAUUUUUUAUAACAUAUAUUAAGAAGUAAUUAAAAAUGAAGUAUAAUGA